AAUAAUAAUAAUAAUAAUAAUAAUAAUAAUAAUAAUAAUAAUAAUAAUAAUAAUAAUAAUAAUAAUAAUAAUAAUAAUAAUAAUAAUAAUAAUAAUAAUAAUAAUAAUAAUAAUAAUAAUAAUAAUAAUAAUAAUAAUAAUAAUAAUAAUAAUAAUAAUAAUAAUAAUAAUAAUAAUAAUAAUAAUAAUAAUAAUAAUAAUAAUAAUAAUAAUAAUAAUAAUAAUAAUAAUAAUAAUAAUAAUAAUAAUAAUAAUAAUAAUAAUAAUAAUAAUAAUAAUAAUAAUAAUAAUAAUAAUAAUAAUAAUAAUAAUAAUAAUAAUAAUAAUAAUAAUAAUAAUAAUAAUAAUAAUAAUAAUAAUAAUAAUAAUAAUAAUAAUAAUAAUAAUAAUAAUAAUAAUAAUAAUAAUAAUAAUAAUAAUAAUAAUAAUAAUAAUAAUAAUAAUAAUAAUAAUAAUAAUAAUAAUAAUAAUAAUAAUAAUAAUAAUAAUAAUAAUAAUAAUAAUAAUAAUAAUAAUAAUAAUAAUAAUAAUAAUAAUAAUAAUAAUAAUAAUAAUAAUAAUAAUAAUAAUAAUAAUAAUAAUAAUAAUAAUAAUAAUAAUAAUAAUAAUAAUAAUAAUAAUAAUAAUAAUAAUAAUAAUAAUAAUAAUAAUAAUAAUAAUAAUAAUAAUAAUAAUAAUAAUAAUAAUAAUAAUAAUAAUAAUAAUAAUAAUAAUAAUAAUAAUAAUAAUAAUAAUAAUAAUAAUAAUAAUAAUAAUAAUAAUAAUAAUAAUAAUAAUAAUAAUAAUAAUAAUAAUAAUAAUAAUAAUAAUAAUAAUAAUAAUAAUAAUAAUAAUAAUAAUAAUAAUAAUAAUAAUAAUAAUAAUAAUAAUAAUAAUAAUAAUAAUAAUAAUAAUAAUAAUAAUAAUAAUAAUAAUAAUAAUAAUAAUAAUAAUAAUAAUAAUAAUAAUAAUAAUAAUAAUAAUAAUAAUAAUAAUAAUAAUAAUAAUAAUAAUAAUAAUAAUAAUAAUAAUAAUAAUAAUAAUAAUAAUAAUAAUAAUAAUAAUAAUAAUAAUAAUAAUAAUAAUAAUAAUAAUAAUAAUAAUAAUAAUAAUAAUAAUAAUAAUAAUAAUAAUAAUAAUAAUAAUAAUAAUAAUAAUAAUAAUAAUAAUAAUAAUAAUAAUAAUAAUAAUAAUAAUAAUAAUAAUAAUAAUAAUAAUAAUAAUAAUAAUAAUAAUAAUAAUAAUAAUAAUAAUAAUAAUAAUAAUAAUAAUAAUAAUAAUAAUAAUAAUAAUAAUAAUAAUAAUAAUAAUAAUAAUAAUAAUAAUAAUAAUAAUAAUAAUAAUAAUAAUAAUAAUAAUAAUAAUAAUAAUAAUAAUAAUAAUAAUAAUAAUAAUAAUAAUAAUAAUAAUAAUAAUAAUAAUAAUAAUAAUAAUAAUAAUAAUAAUAAUAAUAAUAAUAAUAAUAAUAAUAAUAAUAAUAAUAAUAAUAAUAAUAAUAAUAAUAAUAAUAAUAAUAAUAAUAAUAAUAAUAAUAAUAAUAAUAAUAAUAAUAAUAAUAAUAAUAAUAAUAAUAAUAAUAAUAAUAAUAAUAAUAAUAAUAAUAAUAAUAAUAAUAAUAAUAGGGGAGAGUAUCCUAAUUCGGACCCCCAGAAAAUCUUCUAG